CAAUAUCUAAGAUCUUUACAAGUGUUCCUUUGAAAAUAAGAAGGAUAAUAAAUAUGGAGCGUAGUGAGGUCAUCUGUAUUUCAUCGGAUGAUGAUGAGAAAACAGAUCAGAAUGAAGAUAAUGGAAAGAAAGUAUCUGUCAUCAAACAGUUACAAAAUAAUUGUGUUGCACCUGAAAAAAUAGAAGUUUUUUCAUCUGAAAGUGGAGAAAUAGUUACCUGCAGGCGAAAGAGAAAAGCAUCUGAAAUGGACACUGAUGAUGGUAGUCCAAAUUGUACAGAAGAGUUGCACAAAAAGGUAAUCAUUCAAGAACUUAGUCAAAAAAAAGAUUCCAAUGGAAUAACAAAUAUGCAAGAGAAAGAAGAAAAACCUGUAUUAAAACCAAAAUUAGUCGUAAAAGAGAGUAAACCAUUUUCUCCUGUUGUACAAGACAUAUUUCCUAUGUUUAUUAGUUUAUGCUUGCAAAAGGAUCGUUCAGAGGAUAUGAAAAUUAUUACUAACAAGUUAAAAAGACGUUAUGAGCAAUUAGAUCCAGUAUAUGCUAAUUCCAAUGCUUUUCUUGAUUUUGUAAAUGAAAAGAGGAACGAUAUUAUAAAUAGUAAAAAUAAGUUCUAUGUAUAUAUAGCGGAUGUGAUGAAUGAAAUGAAAAACAGGUGUGAUGGGAGGUCUACUUUACUUUUAAAUAGUAAAAAGCAUACAUCUGACGAACAGUAUAAUGAGAAUUCUAACAUAAUUAGUUCCAAUACAGCGCAUACAAGUCAUAUCAAUAAUACAGGUAUGAACAAAAAGAAAGAUAGUAUUAAUGAAGAUGAUAUAAUGGAUAUUAAGAAGAAGAAAAUUAAACUAAUACUAAGGACAAUGAAGGAAUGUGAGAUGCACAUAAAAAAAUUAGAAGAAGCAGAAGUAGAUUUUGACGCCGAAGACAACAGCACUUAUAUUAAGUUAGAGAGAUACAAGCAACGAAUGGUGCAGCUUCAUAGAAAAUAUUGUGAACUCACUGGUGAAAAUAUUGAUGCUGGACGACAAUAUCUGAGGCCAAAGCAUAUGAGUACAAGUGGAAUUGUGGCUGUAGACCGUGCUAUCACAAACUUCAUUAAUUCUAAAUUGUCGAAGUUGAGUAAACAUAAAAAAGUUGGUAGUUUCACGGAUGCAGUAAUUUUUCCAGAUUACAAAGAUAUUUUGGAUUGCAUUGGAAGAUGUAACGAGUCACAUAAUUUGAGUUUAGAUACUAAGCAACAGCAGCGGCUCGCCAAAAAAGCUUUUACCGAAUUGGGAGAAUAUUUGCAACGUUCUCGACGGAAUGAUUAUUGGGAUACUUUCUCUUUGUUUCUUGAAAACCAAGAAGACGAUCCAGCUUUAAAAAAUCCAGAGUUGGCUGAAAAAUUGAUAGAGAACAAAAGGCUGGGUGAAGAGCGUUUAGCAAAUGUGUUUGAAUUGUAUGUGAAAAAACAGGUAGAGAGUAAGAACAACCCGGAGGAUGAUAAAACAUCCUCGGAUGAAGAAGGUGAAGACGAGGACAGUAUAGAGAAUGAAGAUGAAGACAGUAGCAACAAAGAUGACGAUAUUAUUGAAGAGGAAGACAGACUGAGUAUAGACAAGGAUAAUAGUACUUCCGAAGAGGAGGAUAAAGAAGAAGAAGAGGAGGAGGUCAAUGAAUUUGUGUUGGUGGUGGAGGAGGAAGAGGUGGAAGAGGAGGAAGAGGAGGAAGAAGUGGUGAAGGAGGGAAAUGAAGUGGAGAAGGAGGAUAAGGAAGAGGAGGAGGAGAAGGAGAAGGAGAAGGAGCAGACGCAGGAGGAGGAGGAGAAAGAGAAAGAGUAUAAGCAGGAAGAGGAGGAGGAGAAAGAGAAAGAGCAUAAGCAGGAAGAGGAGAAGGAGCAGAAGCAGCAGGACAAGGCGAUCGCUUCAAACAAAGACAAAGUAACAAUAAACAAGGAAGAUACAAAGGAUGAAGUAGACGUUGACUAUGUUGAUAUUAUAGAGAUCAAUGAAAAUUGUCAGUCAGAUGCCAGUGACAGAUUAAAAAAAACCGUUAAUGAUACUAAUUGUAAAUCAACAAAGUCGAAUGAUGUGAACAUUUCUAAUGUUACAAAUAAUUCUGAGCCACUAGUGUCAAAAGGAAAUGAUGGUACGACAUCGUCUAACACUUCGGCUGAUGUAACGCCGUUUACGAAGAUAGAUGCCUCAAUGGUUACAGCAGAAGAUGUUGUAGAGGAUAGUAACCCGGUAGGAGAGAAAAAACCAUUGCUACGACUACGUUCGUUUGCAAAGCCGCCGACGACGUGGAAAGAUGGGUCUGGGAAAAUAGAUGGCUCAGAUGCGGAACAAAAAACGACGACAACGCCAAGUAGCAAGGUCAUCGUGGAUCUCACGACGGAGUCACCGAACGGAACCUCAACUGCUCCCAACAGCUGCGCGGAUGUUCAAACUGGUACCAACAAACUUAUCUGCAUGCGAGAAAAAUUAAAGGAGGCUCUGAAACCGACACAUACAAAGGUAAUCGUCGUAGGAGAACUAGCAAACCAUUACAGGAAGGCGAAUCUUCAAAACAAUCUGAAUAGUGCGACGAAAUCGCAAAAUAAAGAAGAAGUCUCGCCUUUGUGUGGAUUAUUAAAUAUAAAUACACAAAUGCCGACAUGUCCUGUGCUAAAGCAAUACAGCAAUCGGAAAACAGUUACACAAAAGCAAAAUUCCAAAUGAGACAAAACUGGCAGAGUUUAUAAAAUUAACUUAAGAUCGUUACUUCAGCC